CAGUGCGUGCCUUUGGUGGCCCACAGGAAGAUAGAACACUACUUUUCAAGGAACGAAUUUGGGGCGUGGCUCGAUCGCUGGCUGAGGAGAAACUCGCUGGAUCGCAUCGAUCUAUCGAAAGGAUUCCUGGACUCCCCCAGCAGCCGAAAGAAUUCAUCCGUCCACAGGUUUGGGUGUUUGAUCGGCCGGGAGAAUCACUCCAUGGGCUCGAGAAUUGGGUCGUGGAUCGUGGCGCCGCGGCGUGAUUCCAACACCGCGGCCCGGGAUUCGAGCGAAUCGGGUGAUCGCGGUCGCAAAUGCAGGGGCGAUUAGAGGUUUGAUUCUUGGCAGGGGAUCUUCGAGAGAAGGGGAAGUGUGGGUUUCUGGAGGCCUGGCUUCCAGUGCUAAUGGGUGCUCGUGGCUGCUCUGCAAGUGCUGGGCGAUUAGUGAGGACGAAGAGGAGGACGAGCUCAUGGCCGAGACUAUGGCGACGGAUCCUUGCGCCUCGCCAAAGAUCCUAAUCAAUGGCUGCAGCCCCCCUCUCAAGAGCUGCAUGAAGCAAGCACAGCAAAAUCACGGGCUACAGGAGCCUCUUCUCGGCGAAGAACACGAAAGUCGCCGCGAUUCUUCCGAGGGGCGCUGUGGAUUGGGGGAAGAAGAUCGAGAGCCUGGUAGCGCGGAAGAUAACGGAGAAGCUAAGGUAGAAGUAAGAGACGAUAUGGAUGAAGAACAGGAAGAACAGCGCGAGAACAAGGAAGAACACUGCAAGAACAAGAAGAACGUCCAAUGGAGCGAAGAGAUCGCGGUGGUUAGAGAAUACGAAGAGAGCGAUCGAGAGGACGAUGGUUGUGUUCGCGGCAGAGAAUGCAAAUGCGCGAUACAAUGAAGGAGAGGAGAAAAGAAAUUCUUGCCUUUCGCUUGUACAGUUUUUUAGGUCCACUGGGAGGGAGGGAAUGGCGUCGAGGCGCCAAGAGCAGCGCGAUCGAUCGGCGGCCUCUCCCUCGGCGGCAGCGUCUCCAAGGGGUUCUUCUUCUGCGAUCCCGACCGCGCCAUCGUCGCUGAGAGCUAGAUCAUCCACCGCAUCAUCCUCCAGGUCGCCGGCAUUCGAUUUUCGUGGCAUGAGAGAUUCUGCUCGCGAAAUCAUCUCGCGCGGGCAAAGAUUGCCUGCGAGGAAGGGAGAAACCGGAUCGAUCGCAAGGCUUCCACAGGACCUUCUUUGCAAGUGUUUCUUAAAGCUCGAUUCAAUCUUCCAGAUCAUAAACUGCGCAUUGGUUUGUAAGGUCUGGAGGGAUGCUUGUUCGCUCGAUGUGAUUUGGAGGAGUAUGUAUUUAAGGUGGCAUGGUGAUUAUAGACUCGAUAUCUCUCGACAGCAAUCUCCUUUUCCACCAUCUGGAUUUGGGACCUGGCGAGAGAGCUUCAUCAGAGAUUUUCCUCGAGGACGAGUGAGGCUACUUGAGAGGACUAUCAAACAAUCCUUGGACGCUGGAUUUCUUCAAGCUCUGGACGAAGUCCCGCACGUCUUAAACUUUACGCCUGGAAAGAGUAUCCAAACGCUAGCGCAAGAACUUCAGCUCACUUUUUAUUUGCGAAUCAACAACGGGCAACGAAUUCGAUUGACAAGAAAGCAGGCUGUCUGGUUCCCAGCUUCCACUGUCCUUCAUUGUCCAUUCAAAUAUUUGAAACGUGGGAUGAAGCUCUUCUCCCUUGCUUCGUUAGAGGUUAUCGUUUCGAGUGACACGCUUUCUCAAUGUUGUCAAGUGGCUGCUAUUAUGACAAAGAAGCCAUCGCUUUGGGAAAGUGAUUAUUCUGCACCACCACUUAGGCUUGCAAUGCUUUCUUCUAAAGAUGUCGCUGGUGCAAUGAAUCUUAUUGUGGGAACAUUAUUUGAGCAGGACAAUACCGAUGGAAAUGAAGAGGUACUAUUUAUCAAAGUUGGAAUACAUUUGGCACAAGUCAUUUUCAAACUCUUCAAGUUCCGGAUUGAAACCCAGCGAAUGCGACCAAAUCCAGAGCCUUCAAUCAAUUUUGGUUAUCACGUCAGCGUACAAUUACACACUUUCGAUCAUCUCAUUUGGACACGAAACUUCCACGGGGUAACGCACUCGUGUUGUCUGGAGGAUCCCGAAAUCGUUCGAAUCACCCGCUCGCAGGUUUUGUGGGAUGAGCGCGAAUCGAUGGCACGGGAAAAUGUCGUUCUACCGCUCAUCUCAUCAUUCGAGGUAGUGCCAAAGAAACUGAGCUUGCCAUGGCGUAGUGAAGCCUUUUCUGGAACACUUGAACACUCGGCUAUGGCGGUCAUAACUUCGUGGGACGUAAGAAGGGAAGCCUUCUGGCAAAUUGUCAAGACGUUACACCUCAAGCUGGUCUCGGUUCCCUCCGUGGAGUAUGUGGAGCCAGGAUUCGAGGGACCACAGUUCGAGGCUACUGUGGAGGACAAAUCCAAGGGAUUGUCUGCCGCUAUCAAAUGCUCAUUGCCACUCGAGAAUUCGGUAGAGAUGUUUGCUAUCACCGAUUUGAGGCUUUCACUGAGCAAGAAAUUCGUGCGAGAAUGGUUUGGGGUCAACAUCUAGAAGCACACUUUCAUCCAAGAGGAAGAACAGGAAAAUCUUAUUGCCAGAAGGAAGGAGGAGAGGAAAUCUUCUAUCGACGCGAGAGCUCACAGAGCCUGUCAGCUGACAUCCACGUGGCAAUGGCGCGUAACCGCUAUUUGAAAUUUUAGGGUUUAUCAGCA